AUGCGAUUCAAUAAGGGAGCCCUUAAUAAGUGGCUAAACGCUAAAAUCGAUGCACUAUCCGUGACCGAUCUCAAUCCUUUGUUCAAGUAUAUUUGUGUUCUUUUGAGCAAGCCUAAACCUCUUGAAGAACUUAAAAGUUGUUGCGUUGAUCAAUUGUACGAGCUUCUUGGUGACGGAACUAAUAAUUUCGUCGAAGAAAUGUUUAAAGUUAUUGCCGUCUCCCCAGCUUCACCUAAUGACCCUUCACCUGAACGUCCAACUCGUCGCCUACGAAGCAAUCGCUCCAGAUCCAGAUCACCUCACAGAUCAUCUGGGAAAUAUCCGAGGUCUAGAUCACCACAAGAGGAAUUAGAUGAGAAAAGUAUUUCUCGAGGAAAUAAUAGCAGUAGACGUGAACGCCAUCAAGUAUCUAAAUCACUAAAGCACCAUAAUGAAUACAAUCCCGAGGAUGUUAACGUCAGGAACUCCUCUCAUCAUCGCUCAGAGCGUCCUUAUGAUCGCAGCAGAUGCGACAGAUCUCGUAGCAGAAUGCCUGAAGAGAUAUCUGAUGACGUACAUCUCCAGCAGCAGCAUAUUCAACGUCCUAGAUGUCGCAAUUUUGACGAGAAGGGAUUCUGCAAUUACGGUGAUCGUUGUAAGUACGAACAUGGGAGUAAUCCUGUUGUCGUUCCAGCUUCCUGGACUGCUGCUGCAAAUCUUUUCGACACUGCUAUCGCUGUUUCUGGGGCUAGUUUGCUUCCGACUCCUGCUAAUGGGCCUAGUGGGCUUUUGGGGGGUGCUGGCGGUGAAAAUUUGAUUCCUUCGAAUCUCGAAUGCACAGAAAUGAUAUCUGCUGAUAUACCUACCUAUAACCCCACGCCUAUCGUUGAGCCCCUAUCACGCAAGUCGGGACACUCCCAUCGUCCGCGUUCUAAUUUGGCAAACAACAAGAAUAUCAUUCCCAUCCCUACAGUAGAUUCCAACAACGCCUACGAUCCCGCCUCAACGAUCCCGCCUGCUUAUGAACCAGCUCGACCUGAAUUAUCAGACACAAAGCUGCCUGGGGAUGAUGAGAAAAGUGGAAAUGAGCUCUCCUUGGGUCCCACUACAUCUGACUAUACCCCGAGUCCAAUCAACCAGACUGGAGGUCAGCAAUGCUCCCUCCUUGUCACCAAACUCCCCUGGCGCUUGAAUGAUGCUGAAAUCCUACGAGAGCACUUUGCUCGAUUUGGAAGUAUUGUCAGCAUCCAGACUCAUUACUCGGGUCAGAACUCACAAGCUCUGAUCACUUAUACAACUCCAGGAGAGGCUGAAGUUGCCUAUCGCAGUCCUGAUCCAAUCCUCUCUAAUCGAUUCAUUCGGACUUACCUCUAUCCUCAUUCUAACAACAAUAGCGGAGGCCGAUUCAGACACGGAGGUGGGGCGUAUAGGAGCGGAUACAAUAAAGACAGUCUCGGUUUCAGUCAGUUUGGAAAUGCUCUGUUGGGUGAUGCCCACCCGUCUCGUUUACCAGCCAAGUUACGUUUGGGUCAAGGCCCAAGUGGUGCAUUCAAACGGACCUAUCGGGGUGAUGAAAAAGGUGGUCCUAAUGCCGCAGUAAUCUCCUUAACUACAGAUGCCAAAACCUUUUCGAGCAGUAGUCGUAGGUCUCGCUGGCGCCUAGAGAGGGAUGAAAAUGGCAAUCCGAUUAGUGGAGACGAGGAUGAGGACCAAGAGGAUGAAGAUUUACGAAAUGAGAUGAUGGGUGGUGAGGAUUCGGCAGGAUCCGCUAUUCUGGACAUUGGUGCUGGUGAUAAUGAUGAUGAUAACGUCUUUGCUGGCAGUGGAGUUAACAACAGGAAGCGUUUCCGCUGUUCAGAGUUUGGCGAGGUGGGUGAUAGUUUUUUGCGCCGAUCCUCCCGAAAUUCACUGAGCCUUGCAGAUCAAGAGGUGGCGGAGGCUGAAGCUGCCCGCAAGAAGGCCCUCUGGGAGCGUCAAAAGUCGAUAGCGCUGAAGGAGCAUCAGGCCAAACUCGCGCAGUUAGAGAAACAGCGUGCAGCUCGUCGCCACGCCGAACGCGAGAGGGUGGCUCAGAUUGCCAAACUCAAGGCUGAACUCAAGGAGACUGUUGCCUCUGCGGAGAGAUGUACAGAGAAGUUACUCAAACGCAGUCUUCUCAAGAAAGCGAAUGAUCUGUUUGAGAAGAUCAAUGAGCUCAAGCAGUCUAUCCCGCUAGCUCCCAAACGAUUGGAUGACACGAAACAACAGAAAACGGUGCAACAAAUGCUACCUGAUAGCAUUGCUACCGAACGACUUGAAAAGAUCGCUGAUGUGAAGAAACAACUAGCUGAGGCGGAAUUAGAACUGCAAUCUGAGGAAUGCGAUCCUGAAAAACAGACUGAGAUACGCAAGAAGGUUACUGAGCUCAAGAGACAGUUAGUCGAUUUGGAGACCAUUCGACCCAGCGAUCUGGCUGCUAUUGACUCGCAAUCAGCUCUCGCUAAUAGACCCCAUACCAAGUUGGACAAUAGGCCACGGGUCAUCUACGUCACCGGCCACACUCUUGGCGACGUCGAGGCUUUUCGUCGAGCUCUCCAUAAUGGCUACUUCCACACCGAGUCUUUCCAGUCAUUCACAUGUGGAAGUGAGAAGGAGCCGGUGAUGGAGAUCACAUUCCGAACCCGUGAUUUUGCUGAGCGUGCCUUGCGAACCUUCACUAUCUUCCACGGCCGCCAACUGACUCUCUCAUUCAAUCAGCCUCCUUGUCUAACUGGUGAGGAGACGGCAGGCGUAAUCUGCGAUCAAAAUUCGGUGACAGCAGGGGAUUGUUCUGAUUUAAUGGAAUUUGAUGGAGACAAAGAUUAUUCGUCAAUGCCAGUGGUUGACGCAACGGUCGAAGAUGAUUUCAGAUCACCAAAAGACUAG